AUGGUUUUGAAUAAGGUGUAUCUGCUCGCCAUCCUGGUGCUGUUUUAUAAGUUGCAUAUAAAACUACCAAAUGAGGAUGACGAUUACUUGGGGAAAUUAAUCAACAUUUCGAAGAAGAUAACACAAUACGCACGAAAAAAUAAGGUGAAAAUUGCCAAAGUUUUAGCUACAUCGGCCCUUUCAGCCUACUCACUUAGUUGGGUAUACCAGUCCGGUGUUACAUUGCAGAGUGAACCACACUACUCCCUGUUCCUGCCCUCCACCAGCUACAUAAAUAGUGCCAUUAGAAGGAUUAAGAAGAAUAAUGAAGUUAAAAAGUACACAUUUAAAGAGAACAAAAUUUUCGAAAGGAAUUUCCACCACGAUUAUGCCAACUCAGAAAUGGGACGAAUAUAUGUUGUGAACAAUUUGGUCAAUUUUUUGAAUUUCUUACCCUACAAGUGGAGAAACACACAUACAUACAGCUUUUGUAAAUAUAAGGAAUUUCAAAAUGUCGAAAAGGUGAAAAAUGUCCAAAAUGUCGAACAUGGCCAAAAUGUUUUCGACAUUUUUGACUACAUGAAGAUAGGGAAGCAUGAGGGACCCAUUUUACUGUUCCAGGGGAAAUUAAAAAAACAGUACUGGAUACAUUUGCCACUAAAGUAUGAAAUUGUGAAAUCGGGGGAAGGUUCUCUCUGCACACUGACAUUUACUCCGUUACACAAAUAUUAUUCUGAUUAUACUAUCGAGAUAAAACUGGUGAAGAAGAACGAAACUAAUAACGUAACUUUUAUCACCUCUGUUAAGUACGCCAACGGGAAUGAUGAGAAGGGAAAAUCCUUCUACAUAAGUGUGGUUAAAAAUAUUGCCAUGUUUUUAACAUAUGACAUUUUUGAAGGAAUAAAUAACAAUAUCCAUGUGGUGUACAGAAGGAAUGCAAACUGUGGAAAAAUCAUGUCUACCAGAUCGAAUGUAACUUUAAGAAGGAAAAAAAAAACAAAUCUUCAGUUCGUCCUCUCGCCGGUCAUCACCCCCUGGAGUCUUAAAAUGCGGCGGAGUUAA